AUGGUCAAGCAGCAAAUUCAAGCCUUUGAGGAAGCACAAGAAAUGAAAAGUUGUCCAGUUAUGGAAGCUAAAAAUUAUGUUAUGAGAGAUGGUUUGUUUACAAGGGGCAGGAUAUUACGCAAAUGUCGUUAUAUUACACUUUUCAACUCUGAGUUUAAGGGUCAUGCUGGUUCUGGGUUGAAGCAAAAUUGCCUGGAUCAUUUCAUGGAGACUGGUAAGACAUUACCCUCAUGCCAACUUGAGGCCUGGUCAGCAGAAUACAAUGCUAGAAAAGUAGCUACUCAAAACAGGUCAGUUGAUGAGAUAUAUGAACAGAAUUUGGAGGAAAAGAGGUGGUACGCUUCGGAAAUUUGA